AUGGCUGCUGCAGGGGGUCACAUCCAGCGUCUCCACGAUGAAGCCACUUGCUCCAUCUGCCUGGAAUAUUUUAAGGAUCCAGUGAUCAUCCCAGAGUGUGGGCACAACUUCUGCCAAUCCUGCCUGAUCCACUGCUGGGGGAAAUCGGAGGCAAAGGCUUCCUGCCCUCAGUGCAGAAAAAGAGUCCAGAGAAGGAGCCUCAUCCCCAACAGGCAACUGGCUAAUGUGGCAGAAAUAGCCCAGAAUCUCAGCCUUCAAGAGGGAAAGGAGGAAGGAGGGAAAGGAGGAGUCUGUGAGAAGCACCAGGAGCCCCUGAAACUCUUUUGCAAAGUCCACGAAGCCCCCAUCUGCCUGGUGUGUGACAGAUCAAAGAAGCACAAACACCACAAGAUGAUUCCUCUGAAGGAGGCUUUCCAGGAGUACAAGGUAGGAGAUCCCUGGAUCUUGAGGGGAGAAAUAGCUGUGGAUUCUUCUUGGGAGGUUUUCUUUUUAAUUCUCAGGUCCCAAGUAGGCAUGGCAUGAAUUGGUGGUGGUUUAUGUUAGGAGUCAUUCUGCAAAGAAACAGAAAAGAUGAUUGCUCCUCCAGACUAGUUACAGUGGUACCUUGGGUUAAGAACUUAAUUUGUUCCGGAGGUCUGUUCUUAACCUGCUGGCGCGCGAUUUAAGAACUUUAAGAACUUUAAGAACUUUUUCUGCGAGUUCUGGCUGUGGUUUUCUAGGCUGAAGAUGAUGAUGAUGAUGGUGAUGACUAUAAAAGGGGAGAAGUUGCAGUUUGAAUUUGCCUGCAGAGAGAGAACACCCACGUCCUUUGUGUUUUUGUAUAGCUGUAAUAAAACCUUUAUUUGAGUGUUUUACACUCGGUCUCGUGGUUCUGUCGUCUGCCACCAGAAGAAAAACCGCCUCUAACAGUUUAUUAUGUAAAAAGCAGCCAAGAGGGAGCCUGAGGGCUCCUGGAGGAGGGAGCUGAAGUCUUUCUCUCUGCCAGGGAGACAAAGGGAUCUUCCCUUGAAAUACUCACAGCAGCUUGAAAGAUUUGAACUGGAACCAUGGUAGGAAGAGAAAGGGUUAACCUCAUCCACAUCUCCCAGCAAGGUUGCUUUGUAGAUAUGAAGAACACUGCAAAUGGAAAUUGCACAUACACAACAAAGUACAUGUCUCCUUUGGCUAGCAGGAUCCCUCCUCAAUGCCCUGCAAAGCAGAUAGUAGCAAGGGAUCAGCUGGGGGGGGGGGCGGUGGCCAGGAAUUGACCAGAUGGUGCAGGAUCCUCCCCCCAAGUAUCUGCUGGAAGCAGAUUUAGGUGUGUGUGUGUGUGUGUGUGUGUGUGUGUGUGUGGAAACACCUACUGGUGGGGAGCACGCUUAUUCUGGGGGUGCUGUGGGGCCUAUGCAAUGAGGUAACAGCCGGGGCGGGGGGGCUGAGGAUCUCCUCCCUUCCCAAAUGGCAAAGGACUCAGUGGUUCAGAGUAGCAUCUGCAAAGACUAGGGGGAAAGAUGACUUUGCCAUGACAACUCAGAAUUGGACCUGUGCUAUUAUACUGUAUAUAAAAAAUAAAAUCCUCAUUCUGGAUCCUGCCUUAGCCCUUCCUCCUCCUCUUCCUCCUCCUCCUCCUCUUCCCACUUCUCCCUGGGACCUCAAGAUGAGAAGUCAGGCUUGAACUCUCCUCAGAGAAGUUCAAAGGAGCAAGCAUGGCUGCCUCUGCUCUUCUCCAGACUAGUUACAGUGGUACCUUGGGUUAAGAACUUAAUUUGUUCCGGAGGUCUGUUCUUAACCUGCUGGCGCGCGAUUUCCGUUCUCAUCCUGAGGUACUACCAGAUUUUUUGCUCCAUAGGGCGCACUGGACCAUAGGGCGCACCCAGUUUGUAGGGGGGGAAAUCAAGAAAAAUAAUAUUAUUUUCCCCCCCAGCCCCAAAGAGCAGCGUACAGGAUGCGCGCAACCUCUCCCUGCUGGAGGGGUUGCGUGUGGCUAUGGCACAAGCCAAGGCAGCCAGCGGGAUCCAUCCUGCUGGCUGUUUUGGAUUCCUCUUUAGCCCCACACAACCUCUCCCUGCCGGAGGGGCUGCGCGUGGCUAUCCCUGAAGCCUGGAAAGCGAGAGGGGUUGGUGUGCACCAACGCCUCUCGCUCUCCAGGCUUCAGCGAAAGCAACGCAAAGCCUUUGGAACAUGGAGGGAGCGCUCCCUCUGCACUUCAGAGGCUUAGCGAUGCUAUCGCUGAAGCCAAGGAGCCUGCAUUUGCUCCAUAGGAUGCACACACAUUUCCCCUCAAUUUUUGGAGGGAGGAAAGUGCGUCCUAUAGAGCGAAAAAUAAGGUACUUUCGGGUUAGCGGAGUUUGUAACCUGAAGUGUUUGCAACCUGAGGUACCACUGUAGUUGCAUUAGAAAACUUUCCCAUCCCAGUUCCGCAGUGGUUUUCAGCCAGUGUGCUGUGGCACCUGGAGUGCCCUGAAUGAUGCUCAGGGAUGCUGCUGGCAACACUGGCCUCUGUCCCUCUUUCCUUCCCUCCCUCCUCGGAUGCCAUAGCUGCCUCCCAAAGGCUUGUGCAGCUCUUUGUUGCAGCAGCCCUGGCUACAAGCCGCGCUGGCGAAUGGUGCCUCUGGGGCUGGCCAGGGGGUGUGGGCUGCCAGGAGCUGAGGCGGCCUCGGAGGAAGCAAGCAAACUGGCGAGGGACCCUUGCUGUUGGGAAGGGACAGACAAGUCCCAGGCCCCUGUGGGGCAGCUUGAGAAGGCACCUCUUUUUGGGGCUCAGAGACCCAGAGGAGGACUCCUAAGGAGAGGGGAGAGGAGGCUGAGAGAGCUCUCCACAAGGGAGGGUGUUAGAGAAAGGGUGAGGGGCUGCAAGCUCCGCAAGCAAGGGGGGACCUAACUGGGAUCCUGAGCCCCACAGGGACACCGCAGAAAGAAGGCAGUUGGUCCAGGGAGCCUUAGACCCAAAAAGGUUGUACCUUUAUUUCCUCUAGUAAACUACAGUACUUCACUAUUAUAGCAAGGCCACUGGACCCAAGAAGCCUGUAGAAUAUUCAUCUCCUCUCUCUGUGUCUCAAGCAAACCUAAGUUUCCCUUUUUCUUUUCAGGGAGAGAUCUGUCACCGCUUGGAGAUUCUGAGGAAAGAGAGAGAGGAAAUUCUGGCCCAUCAAGCAGCCCUGGACAAGGAAAGCAAAGACCUCCUGGUAAGUGCCACUCUUAUUACUACUAUUGAGGAAACAAGCACUUGAAGAGUCGAGUCAGGACUGAGGAGGGAUGGGGAAAUCUGCCCAUUUCAACUUCUCCCCAUUCUCCUUUUCCAUAUCAGUUUGUUUGUUUAUUUAUUAUUAUGAAAAUGAAAAAAAUGCUAAGGUGGGUACAUUCUUGUAUAAAUAUUUUGAUACGUACGUUAUCCUCAUAAAUACAUUUUUGUGAACAUUACCUGGCUGAGUCAAAAUAGCUAGGAAAAAUGCUCCUUGCUUUAGGCUGUAGCUCUCUGCGAAAUAGAAGUCAACAGAAAAUUCAGUGGAGAGGGCCUCACCUCAAAUUAAAGGUUUACUUCUUUAGUAACUGGAGGUUUCAUGUCUCUGAAAAAUCGGAAGUGUCCUCCCUGUGAAAUUCCCAUCAUGCUCUUCCUGAUGUUUUGAAGGCUGAACACCUUCCACACUCAGACCUCCUCUUUUCUUGCAGAAAUUAACAGAAACGGAGAGGCUGAAGACUGUGGAGAAGUUCAGAGAACUGCGCCAGUUCCUGGAAGAACAAGAAAAACGUCUGCUGACUCAUGUGGAAAAGGUGGAGAAGGAGAUUGCAGGGAGAAGGGAUGAGCAGUUGGCCAGACUCUCCAGGAAACUCUCCUCUCUUGAGAGGAUCAUCCAGGAGAUGGAGGAGAAGAGUCAGCAGCCAGCGAGUGAACUCCUGCAGGUAAGAUGGUGGCAGGAACAACCAGAGGAUCCAGGAAAAGGCUGCCUCCAAUCCUUCAUGUGCCCCUUUCAUAUAUGCAAAGAGUGCAGGGGAUGAGUUGAUGGAGCCUCUAGUCAGGUUUGUAAUGGACAGGAACACCUGAGAGACCUGGGAUGCUUAACUCACCUGAAUGCAGACUAGAGAUUCGUCUGUGUUCUUGAUGGAACAGGAGCUGAUCUUCUGCUCUUUGCUGAUGCUUUGUCUCCGAACGCCUUUUAGCUGUGGGGGGCUUCAUCUAGGAUGCGUUCAGGCCUCCUUCCGACAUGAGCCAGUCUCUUGACCAAGCUUCUCUUCCCGUUUCCUCCACAACUUCUGGGUUGAUCCCCUUCCACAUGGAUACAGAUCAGCCCAAAAUGGUGCUCAGUCCCAGUGACCAAAGAGCAAGACAGGGGGACUCAUCCAGACUGCUGCUUGUCCCACCCCUUUCCUCCAGGAAAACCCACUGUUUACUGCUGAAUUAGAGCAAACACCAGCCAGGUUUUCUCCAGACUGACGUUUGCUUUGAAGUUGCACUAAGGAGCAGGUUUUUCCUGAGGGAAAGAGGCAGGGCAAAGGAAAACCACUUGGACCCGUGUUCUCUAUGCACAGGAAAAGCAGAAGUGUGGGUGAGCCCAAAGAAACACUGACCUAUUCUAUUACCCCCUGGGAGGCAUUUUAUGCUGCAGGUGCUUUUUAAAUUUCCAGGUGGAAAAUAGCAUUCGAAAUUUGGGGACUUCUAUGGAAGACAAUUUGGGACAGUGCCCUGGUAGGAUUAUCCUGUAGGCUUACUUACGUCUGAAUUGCACAAUGCAAACUGGAUUAAAGUUAUUAAAUUAUAAUCUAAGACUAGAGAUGGUGUGAAUUGUCUCUUGAACCCACAAAUGUGAAAUUUCCCUAAAAUGCUGGUGGGUUUUCAUAAGGAUUUUAAACAAAAACGGCAAACUGAUGUCGAAAUGUGGAGAUCUUGAAAUCAGAACAGUUAAUAAUUUCACACUGGGAAAAUAAAAGCUGUGAGAAACCAAAACCAGCUGAUUCUGCCAUCCCUCCCCAAAACCUUGGCAUGUGCCAGGCAGACUGACACCCGAGGGCCAGAGGGGGUCUUUCUAGUGUGGCCUGUGGUGUGCAGUGAAUUCCCUUCUCUUUUUCCCUCUAGGAUGUGAGAAGGACCUUGCAGAGGUGAGUGGAUCUGGCUCAUUUCCAUUAGCAUCACUCUUUGAAGCUGAGAUGCAAGAACCUCAGACAUGGCCCUCCAGGGGCUGCAGGGGGGAGACUGUGGGACUCACUCCUUGCAGCACCUCACAGGUAAAAGUAGAGCCCCCUCUUCUGAACUUGUGGCCCCCCAAUUCUCCCUCCAAGGUUCAAGGUCAACUGCCUCCUCCCUCCCUCCUCACAUCCCUUCACAAAGCGGUGGGGGCUCUUUUCUUUCUCUUGCACUUUCUGUUCAUGGACUUUGUGGUAAUUUCAAACAUCUGGAAGAGAAAGUGCCAAAGAUGCUUGGGAAGAGCUUAGGACAUAUUUCAAUGUCCAACUAGAAGCCCCUCAACUCUGUUAACUCAUCCCCUUUGAGGCACUGAGGCAGGGAAGGUCUGUUGGUCUAGAAUGGGUGGGUUCUUUUUCUUGGGAGCGUUUCCAGCGUGAGAGGCUGAAGGUGGUCUUGAGUGGGGGGUGAAAGUCUAGUUGUUUCCUGCCUCUGGAGGGAGAAUCCCAUGGGGCAUGGGGUUGUGCCCUUCCUGGGUGGGAGAGGGGGUGAAGGGAGGGUGGAGGUUGUUUUCCUUGACCACUGGGCAGCUUUGGACAUCACUCACAUCCUCUGGAGAAGCUCAGGGAGGGAGGGGUUGCAGGCAUUCCACCUCAGGCGUUUGGUUCUUAAGUCCUGGGACCUUCCCAGAAAGUUGUUAGGGGGCAGCACUGUUUGAAGCCAUGGGAACCCUCCGGUGGUGUCGCUUGGGGUUACAUCUUGUCCCCUGUACUGUUGAGCAUCCUUACAUAGCCACAGAUAGCUGUCCUCAGGGGUUUUGGACUGAGGUCUCAUCUGUGGUAGAAAUAAACCUGUUGGGAAAUAAACUUCCACUUUGUUCAUGUUAUUGAAAUCUCCUGCAAUAAUUAGGGAGAUGGGGCCACAAUGGGGCCAUUCCUUGUUUUUCUUUUCACCAGGUAUGAGGAAAGAGAGAGUCCAGAGAAGCCACUGCCUUUCCCUCCAGAGCUGAGGAACAGGAUCUUGGAAUCCUGUGAUCUAAAUCACCUUGUGGAGAAUACAAUGAAACAAUGGAAAGGUAAUGAAUAAUGGUUGCCAGGAUUUCACACUGGGAAUUCUAUUACUUCUUCAGAACUGGACAUGCCAGGCUCUUAUUGCAUGGAAUUGAGUAACCCCAGGAUACCUUCCUUCUUGGUGCUCUAGCCUUCAUUUCCUGUCUCCCAGAAUGGCCCAUGUAUAUUGUGAGGCUGGAUCCUGUAAAGAAAGCCUGAACCAGAGUGUAGAGCAAAGUCAUGUUUUUUUCCUCCCAUGUGCAUCUGUUUACAGUUAUACGAAACCUCCUUUUCCUUGUGGUUCCCUGUCUGCACAAUCUGGGGUUGUCCUUUUGGAGGUUCUCCUGCUCUGAAUGGAGUCACAGGGCAUUAAGAAGCCCCCAGUUCCCCCUCUGCCUCCUGCUCAGGCUUCUUUCUCAGCCGUGGAGCCAAGGCCUGAGCCGUCUCCUCCUCAGACGUCCCCCUGCAGCUGCCAUAUCUAGGGCUUCAGCCUUCAAGAUCUCCUGAGAGUUCCCCCAUUGAGAGUGGAAGCAAGAGCACAUGGGCCCCAAAGGGCACAAUUAUGCUUGUGAAGAACCUUAAAGAUUUGUAGAAGGUUUGUGAGGAAGGGCUUCCUUUUGCCUGAGAGCUCUGCCAAUCCUUCCUCAUCAAACUUCACUUCUCCUUAUGUUUCACAAUUUUGGCUUUAAUGAUUCCCCCCACCACUUUACUUGGGGAAGAUGUUAAGGCUGCCUCCAUCUCCCCUCUGCAUCCUUUUACGGGAUUCCUAUUGCUCUGCCUCCCCUCCAGUCCUCCAAUGUAGAGCCCAAUUUAGGGACAAAGUUCAGAGACCAGCAGGAUUCAUGCUGAAUGUUUUUAUUCUGCUAUUUGUAAGCUUGCUUUCUGAUUGCUUUGUUUUAAAGCUUUAGUUAUUUUCAUAGAUUCUUCCUAUGAUUUUCUUGUUUUUAAUUAUUUUUCUACUAUUUAAUAAUAAUACUAGAAUUUAAGGAUGCUACAUUAUGAAGUGUUACUUUUGUACGGAGAUUUAUUUCAGGUGGAAGAGUGUUGUCCUUACACUUUAUAUCUUUUUGCUUCCUCAGAUGCUCUGCUAUUCAGUGAACAGAUUCAGAAAGGUAAAUUUCCAGGGGAGGAACAAUUUGACAGGAGGGAUGGGGACUGAUAUUUCAUGGGUGUUGAACCGUCUGUUCUGCAGACUUUGGGACACCCUUCAAUGGCGUCACUCUGGGAAACAGUCCUCUACUGGCGUUUGGGUUCUUUCCAUGUCCCAUGAAUGAACUGGGAGAGGGUUUGAAGGCUUGGACUGGGGGCAGAGCUUGGCCCUGCGAAGAACCUGCACACCAGUCUGAGUUCCAUUUCUGCCUAUAGACCAGUGGUGGCAAACCUUUUAUGGACCCAGUGCCCAAACUGCAACCCAAAACCCACUUAUUUAUCACUAAGUGUCAACACAGCAAUUUAACCUGAAUACUGAGGUUUUAAUUUAGAAAAAAUAACUCAUACAUUAACAGCUUUGAUCUUAAAAGAAAUUCACAAUAAUAUAGCUUCAGAAAAGAAACAACUUUUUAUUGAAAGGUAAAAGUUUGUAUUUGGCAAGCUUUUGAACAAUUAAUGUGAUUUUUGCUGUUGUAUGCAUGUUGAUAAUUUAUCUAACCUUGGCUCAUACUUUGUAAGUUUGAGAGCAACAGAUGCAGCACUCAAGUCAUCUGUUAGUCUGUUUCUGGUGUCAGAUUUUAUGUAAUUCAAAGCUGAAAACAGCUGCUCACAAGCAUAAGAUGAUCCAAACAAAGUAAGGAAAGCAAUCCCAAGUACUUUCAUUGAUUUAAAAUUAUUUGGCAAAUAAUUCCACACUUUAAGAAUUUCAUUUUCAGAACUAUCUGUGCUGUCUUUUGUCAUUCUUUCUGUCUUCUCAAGUGUUUCACGCAGGUCACAAAAUUUAUUUUUCCGGACAGACUAUUAUCCUGGUUUCCCCCUCAAUUUUAUAGAUUUUGCUUUUUUUCAUAAAAUUUAUAUACUGUUUGAUUGUGGGGAAAAGCACAGAGCAUUAGACUCAGAUCUGAGGCACCUGGCUAAACUAAUCUGCAGCAGAGAAUCGCAACAGAGCAGCAUCUUAAGCUAGCCACAUCCUGCAUAAAACCCUUCUCUUGUGGCUGAACUACAAGGACGCUGGCUCAGCUACAAGAUCUUGACAAAGGAGUCCGGGAGGGCAAGAGUUAACAUCCCCCUGCCCUUAAGGAGAGUCCAUGUGUGCAUGUUUAACAGUUUAAUAAAUUGUUCUGUGCACAAAGAUGUGAACAUGAGCCCAAAUACUGUCAUGUGGCAAGCAAGGGAGCAAUAUGUAUUAUUGUUAUUUUGUUGUUGAAAAUUUAGAAGAUUGCUACUAGCAAUCCAUCACAGCUUCGAAAGCCUACAUAGAGUAUUUCAAAUGAGAGUUGUCAGUGAUCCAUGGUUAAAAGAAGAAGUUGGCAAAUGUGUCCUCUUUUGUGCUCUUCAAAAUAACCCUACACUUGCCUAUCACGACUGUCUUAGCCCCUAACUUUUGAGUUAUUCCCCCUUCCCUCAGGGAACACGUCUUAUGGUUUAUAUUAAAUCCAAAAGAGAAGCAUGGAAUAAGGAGUCCUUUGUAAAAUUGCCCUGCCACCUGCCUCCUCUUCCUUGGUGGCAAGGCCUAAACUUACAUAUGGCAGGGAGGAAGGCAAGGAAUAAACAGGCUCUCCACUUAACACGAUUUUCACUUGUGCGCACGAGGGCCCAUAACGUGGCUCCCCGCAAGGGGAGGCCUAUAUGUGUUUUUAUGUUGUAUUUUUAUGCUGUGAACCACCCUGACCUAUGGAUGAAGGGCAGUAUGCAAAUGUGAUUAUUAUUAUUAUUAUUAUUAUUAUUAUUACAGUGGUGCCUUGCAAGACAAAAAGAAUCCGUUCCGCAAUUCUUUUCUUCUAGCGGUUUUUUCGUCUUGCGAAGCAACCCCAUUGGCGGCUUAGCGGGCUUAGCAGCUAAGCUGUUAAAAGGAUAUUAACAGCUUAGCCGCUUUGAAAAGGGGGGGGGGAGCGGGGAAAAAAUGGCGAGACUCGCAAGACGUUUUCGUCUUGUGAAGCAAGCCCAUAGGGAACUUCGUCUUGCGAAGUGCCUCCAUGACGGAAAACCCUUUCGUCUAGUGGGUUUUCCAUCUUGCGAGGCAUUCGUCUUGCAGGGCACCACUGUAUUAUUUAUUACAGGGGGGUCCUCAUCUCCCAGCCCAACCCAGAGGUCCCCGAAGGCCAAUUCCCACAGAGAUUGUCAGAGGAAAGCAGCUUCUCUCCUCUCCUGCCUCCUCCAAUUCUCCUCUCUUUCUCCUUAGAUAACACAGAAGAGAUGAGUAAAAGGGUUCCUGGGUGGUUUUUCCUCUUAGAAAAUGCCUGGGAUGAGAGGAGGGCAGGCACCAUACACAUCGGAUAUAAGAAAGUGAAGGGAACUGAUUUAAAAUCAAACAAGGAAGAUAUUUAUUCUGUUGAAAGUCUGCAAGGAGUCUCACUCUUGCAUGUGAUCCAAAGAAAUCCCAUUCAUCUGAAAGGGAAUCUGGGUUUUUCCGGGUUAUUAUUAUUAUCAGGAUGUCCGUUUCUGUCUCUCAGCUGACUCUGCAUAUUCUUCUCUUUCCCUCAUCUUCUUCCCAACAGCAAAUGUCACUCUGGAUCCAGACACAGCCCAUCCCAAACUCAUCCUGUCCGAGGAUCGGAAAAGCGUGACAUUGGGAGACAAACCUCAAGCCCUGCCUGAUAAUCCUGAGAGAUUCAGUGACUGGCCUUGUGUGUUGGGACGUGAGGGAUUCACAGCAGGCAGCCAUUUCUGGGAAGUCACUGUGGGAAGUGGGGAAGAUUGGGUUUUGGGGGUCGCCAGGAAGUCUGUGGAGAGAAAGGGUUACUUCUCCUUUAGACCUGAGUGGGGGAUCUGGGCUGUGGAGAAGUGGGAAAGCGAGUACUUUGCCUGCACCUCCCCUGAUGACACUCCUCUGUCCCUGUUUUGGGAGCCCAGGAGGAUCCGGGUGACUCUGGACUAUGAAGGGGGACGUGUGUCUUUUUCUGACGCUGACUCAGGAGCCGAACUCUACACAUUCUCAGGAGCCUCGUUCUCUGGAGAGACCCUCCUCCCUUUCUUUGAUCUGGAGGGAAAUUAUAAAACCCAGCUCAGUAUCUCCUGA